AUGAUUAUGAUAAUAAUGAUAUUUUUUCUUUCUGGAUUGAUUGAACAUACAUCAUCAAUUCAGUGUUAUACAUGUGCUGGAUCAGACUACUACUGUUCUUUACCAUUAGACCUCGACGCUGGUGAUGAAAGUAAUGAAAAUAAUGUUGCAAUUUCUGGUUAUGAUGUUGGUCAUGCGUGUCUAAGUGAUCAUUCUUUUGAUGCAAGAACUGGUGAAGAAAAAUUAAUUUUACGUGGAGUUAAAGAUUGUGAAGAACUAAAUAUACCAAAUCAUAGGAUUCAUUGUUGUUAUACAGAUAAUUGUAAUAAACAAUUACCAACAAUGAUAACUCGAACAUUAGCAGAUAUUAUGCCUAGGGAAGCAAGAUCUGAAUCAAAUAAUCAAUGUCAUAUAUCAUCGAUAAUACUCAUCAUUUUAAACAUUUUUUUUCAAUUUUUUUUAUUAAAUUAA